AUGCUCGACGACCCCGAAAGUAUGCCAAGCGGCCAACUUAACGAGCAGAACGCCAUAGCUCAACAGACUGAUUCCAAUGUCCAUCCUCAUGACUGGCCAAAGUGGAAAAAGAUACUUGUCAUUAUCACUAGCUUGCUGAUGGUCAUGCACAGUACCAUCAGCUCCUCGCUGCCCGGCAAUGCAGGUGACUCGAUAAGACUGGCUUUCCCGCAGAUAACAGACCUCCAGUUGGUUCUUCCGGUAUCCAUCUACCUCGUCGGAUUCGUCAAAGGUCGCAGGCCAGUGUUACUUGCUACCUUCGUCCUAUACAUGAUCUUCACACUUGCAUGUGCUCUGGCGCCCAACUUCCCAGCGCUUCUGGUAUUUCGGCUACUCAGUGGGACGAAUGCUGCUGCCCCUGUAGCCAUCAUUGGAGGUGUUUAUGCAGACAUGUACUCGACCCCACGUGAGCGAGGCUGGUGUAUUGCAUUGCUAAUGGCCGUCACGAAUCUCGGACCAUGUCUGGGACCUAUCAUAACAGGUUGCGUUUCUCCCAUCUCUUGGCGCUGGUCGUACUGGGUAGGUCUGAUCCUUGCGGGAUCAACACUCCCUCUUGUACUCUGGCUACCGGAGACCUUUGCUCCAGUGCUCCAAAGAAAGGGGCUAUUGGACGCCCAUCACGGCUGUCCGGAACCUCAUCUUGGUGUCUCUGGAUCAGAAAUCAAGAAGGGUACUGGUCGGCACACCUCUCUGGCUACAUUCACAAAAUCAUUCCGAAUGUUGUUCUCAGAGAGCAUUUUGAUGCUCACAUGCCUCUACCUGAGCUUUGUCUACAGUAUCUUUUACCUGUAUCUUCAAGCAUACCCAGUCAUCUUUCAAGGUACCGACAGCAUCUAUAAGCUCAGCACUCGGACUACCGGCUUGGCAUUUUUACCAAUUGGGGUUGGGGCUCUUAUAUCUGGCGUCUUCUACAUGUUCUGGGAUAUUUACCUUGAGAGAAGUAUCAGACUGGGGAAGCAAUGGACAAAGAAGGAAGAAAUGAGGCGCCUGCCACUUGCCUGCGCUGGUGGACCAAUCUUCGUGGUAGCGGUGUUCGGGCUUGGGUGGACUUGUCGGCCGGAUAUUCACUGGGUCGUCCCUGCUCUCUCAGGCAUUUUUUUUGGCAUAGGAUUUGUUCUGAUAUUCAUUGCCAUGCUGAACUACAUCACGGACGCCUAUGAAAUAUAUGCAGCCUCUGCGCACGGCGUGGCUUCGACGUGUCGAAGCAUCUUUGGCGCUUUGCUGCCUCUUGCUGGAAGGAAGAUGUACCAGACUCUGGGUGUCGGAUGGGCAAGCACUCUGCUCGGCAGCUGCGGUUUGUUUCUAGCAGCCGUGCCGUUUGUGUUCAUAAAGUACGGUCCUCUUAUUCGUUCGAGAAGCAAGUUUGCUAGAGAGAUACAGGAGGCAAAACAGAGAGACUAA